GAAGAAUGUACUCAACACAUUUCCAAUGAGAUUCAUGUAGCCAUUAAAGAAAACCGACCCAAAGAUGCUGUAGAUUAUUUUAUGGAGUUUGAAAGAGCUGGAUAUGGAAUAAUACACCAUUAUGUAAAACCUGUAUUAUUUUGCUGUUAUCAGCUUGGCUUCACCUAUACACCUAUAGCCCAUAAUCUAUUGGGUGUGCUGUUUAACUUGGAACUACUGGAUGCAGAGACGUUCUAUGAGAGUAAAUUUGUGAAAGAGUUAUUUGAAGUCAUGAUUUACAGCAACGAACUAGAUUUUACCAUUCCUUUAAUCAUUCGGAACUUUGCCUUGACGGAAGCCUUGAAUAACCCAGCCGAAUAUUUUACCUAUGCUGUGAAAUGGGUUCAACAAACAAACGAAGAAUUUUUGCUUGAAUUUGAUCAUAAGAUGCUAGAACAGCUAAUCAACAUGUUCUCACGAAGUAAACAAAUGGAAUUGGUGGAAACAUUGAAUGUCAUACGAGUCAGAAAGCUCAGG